UUGACGCCCCAAUAACAGCCUUCAAUUAGAAGCAUAGCAGAGUUGGAGUGCUUAAUUCCGACAAAACCCUAGAAAGUAAUAAAAAAUAUUUAGAGGGUUAACAGUUCUUCGGAAAAAAAAAACCGAAAGCUAAGAAUCGAAAGCUACUUCAUCAGUCUCUAUCUUAUCAAAAGAAAUGCCCUCGUUUCCUCCUCCUGGAUCUGCAACGAUUUGUGAAAUCAACCGAGAUUUGAUUACUGCUGAACAAAUUUCAGAAGAAGGAGCGAAGGACACAUAUGGAAAAGUUCUGGGAGUAGUAUUUAAUCCCAUCCAGUUCGAACCUGAUAAUCUCUUGCCCAAUAUUGAGCAAGCUAAUAAUGACGAAGAUAAUAGAGCUAAGAAAGACCCGUUGUCUUUGCUUACCAAAAUCAUUUUCCCGCCCACUGAUGUGAAACUGCUAGGAGAAAUUGAUCUCCAAGGAGUAAGUUGGCACCAGCAUAAAAAUCUCCUGGCAUUUAUUUCCGGGAGCAAUCAAGUUACUGUAUGCGAUUAUGAGGAUUCUGAUGGUAAGGAUCCAUAUAUUUUAACCAAUGAGUCCCAGAAAGACAUCAGAGUUCUUGAUUGGAGGCCAAAUGGGGGGAAAACCCUCGUAGUAGCGUGCAAGAAUGGAAUUUGCAUUUGGUCUGCUUCUUACCCAGGCAGUGUAGCCUGUGUGAGAUCUGGAAUUGCAUCUUUUGCUGGGACUCUCUCAAGAGCAUCAGGAGUUAGAUGGACUAUGGUUGAUUUUCUCCGCUGCCCUAAUAAUGAACAAAUCAGUGCCCUAUCUUGGAGUCCUGAUGGAAGAUAUCUGGCGUCGGCAUCACUUGAGAGCUCAUCAUUCACCAUAUGGGAUGUUGCCCAAGGUUUGGGAACUCCUAUUCGACGGGGACUAGGGGGUAUAUCGUUGCUAAAGUGGUCACCAAUGGGAGAUUACUUUUUCACUGCAAAAUUUGAUGGAACAUUUUAUCUUUGGGAAACAAACACAUGGACAUCAGAAACUUGGUCUUCCACUGGUGGAUUUGUCACGGGUGCAACAUGGGAUCCUGAUGGCCAUAUGAUAUUACUUGCUUUCUCAGAAUCAGUAGCAUUGGGUUCUAUUCACUUUGCAUCGAGGCCUCCGUCAUUGGAUGCACACUUACUACCUGUUGAGUUGCCAGAAGUGGUGUCUUUGACAAACAGCAAAGGCAUUGAGAAGAUAUCAUGGGAUGCUUCUGGAGAGCGAUUGGCUGUGUCAUAUAAAGUUGGAGACGAGAAGUAUCAUGGUCUAAUAGCGAUCUACGAUGUUAGAAGGAGUCCUCUCAUUACUGCAUCACUAAUUGGGUUUAUUAGAGGGCCUGGAGAGUGUCCGAAACCGCUUGCCUUUUCAUUUCAUGACAAGUUCAAACAAGGGCCUUUACUUUCCUGCUGGAGCAGUGGUUGGUGCUGUACUUACCCCCUUAUAUUUCGAUAGCAUUUACUUCCUUAGUCAAGGCUCUAAUUAGUCUGUUGGAGCGAGGAUAUAUGAGGUUGUGAUCUGUUCGAUACUUCCUAAUAACUAACCAACUGUUUUUAGCAUUUUGUUGGAUUAUUACAAAUAGCAUAUUUUGAAUAUCAUGGGUGUUAUUUGUCCUAUGGUACUGGCAGUCCAUUUCAUCCAGUUGGGUGUUAUACAAAUUGCACUUGUAAAUUUAUGUUAAGUUUUCUACUUGAAAUUUGUGAGUUCUUUUACUUCUCA